AGGAAGUGAGCAACACCACAUGGGGGUUUGCAAACAACCACGAGUAUCGUCGAGACAUCUUCUAUCCCCUGAGUCACAGAGCGGUUGAGACACUCGAUACUAUGAAUCUGCAAGCCAUGGUGGUGAUUGUUCGUUCGUUUGCCCAAGUGAAGGACAAAGAUCAUCUGCUGUUUGCCAAAGUGGCCAAGAAAAUCAGACUGUUUUAUGAGCAUCUGACUCCCACGGAUAUGGCCGGUGUAGUGUCUGCCUUCGCGUUUGCUGGACAAUCGAUCGUGGGUAGUUCUGUUUUGCCGACCCUGGCUAAGCACACGCACGUUAUGAUACAGAGUGGCAACCACAAGUUCCUUCCCAACGAGAUAGCGAUGUUGGUAGUUAACUUCGAGAAAGUGCUGGUAGUCACUGUAUCCCGCCCACUCACACUGGCCCUAUUGAAGCAUGCUGAGGCCCAGUAUGACGAUUUCUCGGCGCAUGACCGUGAUAUGUUACGGAAAUUGUUCGUCAAGUCUGGCUGGGAGCAAGCGUUCUGCAUGUACCCCACCCAAGAUGAGGGGCUCAAGUCAGCAGGCGGUCAAUAAGCGGUGGUUUUGUAGGUAUUGUAUCGGCCGACGCGUUUUAUGUGUAUAUCAUACCGCGUUUUGUGCGUAGAAAGCACUGGCCAGCUGUCCAUACUAACAUGAAAAUGGUCCUGUGACUGAGAAGAGACCUUCUGCUGCUAGUGCUCAUGGGGCAGAUGCGCUACAAUUGCUGCUUGCAGUGUAGUGUGUGCAGAUGCACGAUGCCACAGCAUAAACUACUAGACCGUCCAUAUUGGAAUAAAUCGAGUUCGAGAAUGUCCCAAUAUUAUCCGUAUCUAUAAGUUGAC